AUGACUCAUGAGCAAAGGUUAGUAUUCGAUGAGAUACUCAAUGAUGUUAUUACAGACUUUGGUAGUUUUUACUUCCUUUAUGGGCAUGGUGGGUGUGGUAAGACAUUUAUUUGGAAUGGACAUUCUUCUGCUAUUCGGUCUAGAGGAAAGAUUGUUUUAAAUGUCGCAUCCAGUGGAAUUGCGUCUUUACUCCUAUUUGGUGGCAGAACGACUCAUUCUAGAUUUUCAAUACCCAUUACAAUUACUGAUGAAUCUACUUGCAAUAUCAAGCAUGGCAGUUUGAAGGCUGAGCUGCUCAUCCAAAGUAGCUUAAUAAUUUGGGAUAAAGCUCCAAUGCUCAAUAAAAUGUGCUUUGAAGCACUUGAUCGGACGCUCAGGGAUCUUAUGUCAGUUACUGAUCAACAUAAGACACAUCAACCAUUUGGUGGUAAUGUUGUUGUUCUAGGAGGUGAUUUCAGACAGAUAUUUCUGGUGAUUCCGAAAGGGAGUAGACACGAUAUAUUGACAUCAGCUAUUAACUCAUCCCAUCUGUGGUCGUUUUGUAAGGUUCUAAAACUGCAUACGAACAUGAGGCUUCUAAUGUCUUCUUCAGAUCAAGAUGAAGGUGAAAUGAAGAGAUUUUCUAAUUGGAUACUUGAUGUUGGAAAUGGAAAUAUUGGUUCUGUUGUUGGCGAUGAAUCAGAAAUUGAAAUUUCAGAUGAUCUAUUGAUUACAACUACUGAUGACCCUCUAUUUCAUUUAGUAGACUUUGCAUAUCCAAAUUUGUUGCAAAACAUGUCAGAUUAUAGUGUGUCAGAUCUUCUGGAUUUUACAAGUCCUGAGCUUGAUUCUAAUGGAAAUGAACAAGCUCAGAGAAAACAGCAGCGUGGAAAGAUACUUCUACCAAUAAGUGAACAAAACCUGCAACGUGAAGAUGCACCAAGCAAUGUGGGUGUUGUCUAUAACGGCUUGGAAUAUGUUAUUGGUACGGCAGAAAACAAAACAAAAGAAAGAUCUGGCAUGGUGGAUUCCUCACCACCAUUCUUAUAUUAG